AUGAGCAACUACAGACAUCAUGGCGGUGGUGGUGGCUAUUGUGGCAUCGAGCGCCACCCACAUCCACACCAUUUCACGUAUGUGAGCUCCUGUGUGAAGUACUUGAUAUUCCUGUUGAACUUCCUCUUUUGGCUCUUUGGCGGUAUUCUACUCGGCAUUGGUAUCUACGCUUUCAUGGACAAAUGGGAGGCAAAUGGCUGGGUGCGAGUGGAGACCAUUUACGAUGUUGUUUUGAAUAUAUCGCUGGUCAUGAUUAUAACGGGAAUAGUGGUGUUUGUAGUCAGCUUUGCAGGUUGUUUGGGUGCACUGCGCGAAAAUACAUGUUUGCUUAAGUUCUAUUCCUUGUGUCUGCUGAUAUUCUUCCUUAUGGAAAUGGCCAUAGCCAUCGUGGGCUUUGUGUUCCCGCAGAAUAUGAACUCUUUUCUGGAGGAGAAGUUCACGGAUAAGAUAAUACACUCCUAUCGCGACGAUAGCGAUCUGCAAAAUUUCAUUGACUUUGCCCAACAGGAGUUCAAAUGCUGUGGCCUGAGCAAUGGUGGCUAUCAGGACUGGAGCAAGAACGAGUAUUUUAAUUGCACGUCGCCAUCGGUGGAGAAGUGUGGAGUACCCUACAGCUGUUGCAUCAAUGCCACAGACAUUAGCUCUGGUCUAGUCAACAUUAUGUGCGGCUAUGGUGUGCAGGAGCAUUCGGUGGCAGCCGCCAGCAAACGCAUCUGGACGUCGGGCUGCAUUGAGAUCAUCCAUGUGUGGGCCGAGCGUAACUUGUAUGUUAUUGCAGGCAUGUUGUUGGGCAUAGCGCUCAUCCAACUGUUUGUCAUCUAUUUGGCCAAAACUCUCGAGGGACAGAUCGAUUUGCAGAAGUCCCGGUGGUCGGCGUGAGUUCCAUAGCACCCGAUGUACGGGUACACAUACGACGACUACUACAACCACACUUGAAUGGGCGGAACUAUCGGACUGGGACACAGAGAAUGAAGAGUCCAUAAAUCUGGUCUAAAAUAUUGGUAUUGGUGUGCCAAACACCACACAUUGUGCAGUGCUCAAAUACUUCCGUAUUACAUGUCUUAUUUGUUAUCUUCGUCAUUUUAUACUGCCUAUGAAUCACGUUUUCUUGCCUUUUAACAAGCACAAUUCCUCAAUGUUUGUUUUUGAGAUUCAGCAUGCUUUUAAAACUAUCGUUACAGAAUGUAUUAUUUCACUCACAUGUAGUAUUUUAUGCAUGCACCGUCUAGUUUUAAAUUAUACACAGCAUACUCAAUAUACAUAAAUAUGCACUCUACUAACCACUCAUAUACACAUAUACAUACGAACAAACUUUGCCAUUUUAAAGAAACUCUAAUUGUAUUUUAAACAUCAUGUUCGUACUAUCUCUGUACUCAACAAUUUACAAUAUUCAAUAUUUGUGCAAUUCUGCAAACAAAAGACAUACAAUACAUAAUUGUGUACGUAAUAGAAUUUCGCAGACUCAAGAAGCGUAAUCUUUAAGAAUAGUUACAAAAUUAAAAUUCAAAUGGUCUGGGAGUGUAGGCAUCCAAGACCUGAUUUAUAUAUAUAUAUACUUACAUCUAUAAAUAUUGUAUGUAGCUACAACAGGUGUGUUUUUAAAUCAUGUCUGCGCAUUUAGUCGGUAGUUUGUAAAUUUUGUGAUUCGUGUUGCGUUCAAAGUAAAUUCGGCGCAAAUUAAAUUUUAUUCUGUAAUGUAAAUUACAAAUAAAAUGCAUUUAAAUCCAAAUACAUACAUAUGUAAAACAAAGCAUAUAACAACCCAAAACAAAAACAAAGUAAUUAAGCUCCACAAACAAUCGAUAA